AUGGCAAUAGUGAGAGUAGCAACAUUCCUUCAUCGAACCUCUGCUACUAGUGCCACUGCCCAGUUCCGAAACCUCACCACCACCCCCACCGAAACCCUAGAUUCCAACUUCGCCAAAGAAAUCUGCAGGUUCACUCGAACAGUGCCGCGUUGGGAGAACGCGCUUCUUUCUCAGUACCCAUCUUUCAAUUUCUCUGACCCUUCUUUCUUCCUCCUUUACCUUAACCACCAGAACAACCCCUUCCUCUCUCUCCGUUUCUUCCACUGGCUCUGCUCUCGCUCUGAAUUCUCACCUGAUCAAUCUUCCUGCACUGCCCUCUUCGAUGCCCUUGUUGAUGCUGGGGCGUGUAAAGCGGCUAAGUCGUUGCUCGAUUGCCCCGGUUUUGUUCCUGAGUUGGCCUCUCUGGAGGCUUACAUUGGGUGUCUCAGUAAUGGUGGAAUGGCUGAGGAUGCCCUUGAGGUGUUUGGCGGAUUUUGCCCGGCCUUGGGGACGUGGAAUGCGUCGCUGUUAGGUUGUUUGAAGGUUGGGAGGACUGAUGUGUUUUGGAAAUUGUAUGAGCAGAUGAUGGAAUCUGGGGUUGUGGCUGACAUUGAUGUUGAAACUAUUGGUUAUUUGAUCAAGGCGUUCUGUGCGGAUAACAAGGUUUUCGAAGGGUAUGAACUGCUUAGAGAGCUUCUGCAGAAUGGGUUGUGCCCUGACAAGACUGUUUUCAAUGCACUUUUGGCUGGGUUUUGUAAGGAGAGACAAUAUGGUAGUGUAUCGGAGAUCCUUCAUGUUAUGAUUACCAGAAAAAGUAAUCUAGAUAUCUCUACUUAUCAGGUAGUCAUUAAUGGACUCUUGAAAUGGAAUAAUCCUGAGGGUUUCAGGUUUUUUGAUGAUCUCAACGACAGGGGGUAUUUCCCACACAGGGUCAUGUACACAACAGUGAUCAGAGGUCUUUGUCGUAAUGGAAGAGUUGGCGAGGCUAGGAAGCUAUGGUUUGAGAUGAUUCAGAAAGGACUCCAGCCAAAUGAAUACACCUAUAAUGCAAUGAUAUAUGGGUAUUGUAAAAUUGGUGAUCUUGUUGAGGCAAGAAAGCUCUAUAAGGAUAUGUGUGGUAGGGGUUCUGUAGAAACCCCACAUAGCUACACCACAAUGAUUCCAGGUCUGUGCUUGUGUGGAAGGACUGGUGAAGCUCUAAGCUUGUUUCAGGAAAUGUCUGAAAAGGGUAUUACUCGUGAUUUGAUCAUGUACAACACUCUAAUCAAAGGCCUUUGCCAGAAAGGCGAGUUAGUUAAGGCUACAAAGCUAUUAAAGGAACUUGAGGCUCAGGGUUUACACCCAUCAGUUUUCUCUUUCACUCCUCUCAUAAAAGGUCUUUGUGAAGUUGGAAAGGCCCAGACCGUAAUUAAGUUGUGGAAAGAUAUGCAUAAUAGGAAUUUGAAACCAUUGGCCAUUACACAUGAUUAUAUUAUUACUGGGCUAUGUAAAGAAAGGAAAUCUACUCAAGGUAUGAAAUGGUUGCUAAACAUGCUGACUUGGAAGUUAAAACCCAAGGCUCAGACUUUUGAGGACCUCAUUCGUGGUCUAUCACGAGAAGAUAAGUUAGAUCAUAUUUUGUUUGUUCUAGAUUUAAUGUUCGAAGUAGGAUAUAGACUGGAAAAAAGUACAAUUCAAUCUUCGGUGUCUAAAUUCACCAAGAAGAAAUCCCAUUUACCCAAGUUUUGUUCUAACAAUGAUAUCAAUGUGCUAAACCAAUCUGAUGUGUUUACCAAUGUGUUGAAUGGCACAGCUCCUGAAGUGCACUACGAGGUGAACAGAACACAAUAUCAUAUGGGUUACUAUCUAGCGGAUGAUGAACGUGAUGGGUAUAAUGGUAAUUUUGUUUACGACCAAGUAGACAAUGCCAUCAUAACCGCUGAAGUUCUGUUGAUUGCUUUUAAUUUGAGUGAUGAUUACUGUUCCUAUAUUGUGAUUAUCUAA